GAACAAUGGCGGACCUUCUCCUCCCCCUAUAACUAGCUUUACCUCCUCUUCUCCUCCCCAGAAUUCCAAAGCUUGAAAUCCCUAAAUCUUCGCAAGUAUCAGAAUCAUCUUUGACGAUCUUUUGAAGCUAUGAAUCCCGAUAAGUUCACUCACAAGACGAACGAAGCCAUUGUCGGAGCUCACGAGCUCGCCAUCAACUCCGGCCAUGCCCAGAUCACGCCCUUACACCUUGCAUCAUCACUUAUCUCUGAGCAAAACGGAAUACUCCGACAGGCCAUCGCCAACGCCGCCGGCGGUGCUGGUGAUUCUGCCCCCACAUCGUUCGAGCGCGUCCUCAACCAGGCUUUGAAGAAGAUUCCGUCGCAGCACCCGCCUCCGGAUGAGGUUCCGGCGUCGACGUCGCUCAUCAAGGUUAUACGGCGGGCGCAGUCGUCGCAGAAGUCCCGCGGUGACUCGCACCUCGCUGUGGAUCAGAUUAUCCUGGGCUUGUUGGAGGAUUCUCAGAUUGGGGAUUGUCUGAAGGAGGCCGGUAUCUCUACGGCACGCGUGCGGGCGGAGGUGGAGAAGCUCCGAGGAAAGGAGGGGAAGAAGGUCGAAUCUGCCUCCGGGGAUACUAAUUUCCAGGCUCUGAAGACAUACGGUCGUGACCUUGUGGAGCAGGCUGGGAAGCUUGAUCCUGUUAUUGGGCGCGAUGAAGAGAUUCGGAGAGUUAUCAGGAUACUUUCUAGGAGGACCAAGAAUAACCCUGUGCUUAUUGGUGAGCCUGGUGUCGGCAAAACAGCUGUAGUGGAAGGCUUGGCUCAGAGAAUUGUGAGAGGAGAUGUUCCCAGCAAUCUUGAGGAUGUGAGGCUGGUGGCACUUGACAUGGGUGCUCUUGUGGCUGGUGCAAAGUACCGGGGUGAGUUUGAGGAGCGGCUCAAGGCCGUGCUCAAAGAAGUAGAAGAUGCUGACGGGAAGGUUAUUCUAUUCAUCGAUGAGAUUCAUCUUGUUCUUGGUGCCGGCCGAACUGAGGGCUCUAUGGAUGCGGCUAACCUCUUCAAGCCGAUGCUGGCAAGGGGCCAGUUGCGUUGCAUUGGUGCUACAACCUUGGAGGAGUACAGGAAGUAUGUGGAGAAGGAUGCUGCAUUUGAGCGCCGUUUCCAGCAAGUCUAUGUGGCUGAGCCAAGUGUGCCGGAUACAAUUAGCAUACUUCGUGGGUUAAAGGAAAAGUAUGAAGGACACCAUGGUGUUCGAAUCCAAGAUAGAGCUCUUGUGGUUGCUGCUCAGCUUUCAAGUCGGUAUAUCACUGGUCGCCAUCUCCCUGACAAGGCCAUUGAUCUGGUUGAUGAGGCUUGUGCCAAUGUCAGAGUGCAGCUUGAUAGCCAGCCAGAGGAGAUUGAUAAUCUAGAAAGGAAAAGAAUUCAAUUAGAAGUUGAGUUGCAUGCUCUUGAGAAGGAGAAGGAUAAAGCCAGUAAAGCUCGGCUUGUGGAAGUGAGAAGGGAAUUAGAUGAUCUAAGAGACAAGCUGCAACCAUUGAAAAUGAAGUACAUGAAGGAGAAGGAAAGAAUUGAUGAGAUUCGAAGAUUGAAGCAAAAGCGUGAGGAGCUCUUGUUCUCUUUACAAGAGGCAGAGCGCAGGAUGGAUUUGGCUCGUGUUGCAGACCUGCGAUACGGUGCCCUUCAAGAGGUUGAUGCUGCAAUUGCCAAACUAGAAGGGGAAACUGGGGAGAACUUAAUGCUAACAGAGACUGUCGGUCCUGAUCAGAUUGCAGAGGUGGUGAGUCGCUGGACAGGCAUCCCUGUGACCAGGCUUGGCCAAAAUGAUAAGGAAAGGUUGAUAGGCCUAGCCGAAAGGCUGCACAAAAGAGUUGUUGGCCAGGACCAGGCGGUGGAUGCUGUCGCAGAGGCGGUCUUGAGAUCCAGAGCUGGCUUGGGUCGGCCGCAACAGCCUACUGGUUCUUUCCUCUUCUUGGGCCCCACUGGUGUUGGCAAAACAGAGCUUGCCAAAGCCCUUGCCGAGCAGCUCUUUGAUGAUGAGAACCUUCUUGUUCGGAUUGAUAUGUCUGAGUACAUGGAGCAGCAUUCAGUUGCACGACUCAUCGGUGCCCCACCUGGGUACGUUGGUCAUGAUGAAGGUGGGCAGCUGACAGAGGCAGUGAGGAGGCGGCCAUACAGUGUAGUCCUCUUUGACGAGGUGGAAAAGGCUCACAUUGCUGUCUUCAACACUCUGCUUCAGGUUCUUGAUGAUGGCCGUCUAACAGACGGCCAAGGCAGGACAGUUGACUUCAGCAACACUGUCAUCAUCAUGACCUCCAACCUCGGAGCUGAGCACCUUCUUGCUGGGAUGGUUGGCAAAUCAUCAAUGAAGAUUGCCCGAGAACGAGUCAUGGAAGAGGUGAGGAGGCAUUUCAGGCCUGAACUACUGAACAGGCUGGAUGAAAUAGUAAUCUUUGAUCCUCUGUCCCAUGAUCAACUGAGGAAGGUUGCUAGGCUUCAAAUGAAGGAUGUUGCCGUCCGGCUUGCUGAGAGAGGCAUUGCAUUAGCAGUGACAGAUGCUGCACUAGACAUCGUCUUAGCUGAAUCUUAUGAUCCAGUAUAUGGUGCGAGGCCUAUAAGAAGAUGGCUGGAGAAGAGGGUGGUCACACAACUAUCCAAGAUGCUUAUUAGGGAAGAGAUCGACGAGAACUCGACUGUCUACAUUGAUGCUGCUGCAAACAAAAAGGAGCUGAGUUACAAGGUGGAGAAAAAUGGUGGCAUGGUCAAUGCUGCUACGGGGCAAAAGUCCGACGUCCUGAUCGAGAUCCCUAAUGGUGUGGUUAAGAGUGAUGCUGCUCAGGCAGUGAAGAAGAUGAAGAUACAGAUUGAUGAAGAUGAUGAGGAGAUGGAAGAAGCUUUAGUGUGACUUGUUGUUCAUUAUGUCCAGCAAAGUGUGCAUUUUAAGAUGUUGUACUGUUUUUGCUCUUCUUCCCUUUCUCGUCACUUUGGUUGUUGUUUUUCGGAGUGUUAAUUGUUUUGUGUUCUCUUUUGUUCAUGUAGGUGGCUCAUUUCGGUUGUAAUAUGCCUCCAGUUUUUUCUCACUGGAGUUGUGAUCUGAUAUUUUGCACAAAUAAAUGUAAAUACAUCAAGUUGUCAUAAAAUUCUUAUUAUUGUCAA